CUUUCCGGAAAUGACGUAAUGUUGUUAUUAUUCCAGGAAGAGGGCACGGGAAAGCACUGAACUGCGUCAACAAUUGUUUUUAUGAUAGAUUCGGAUUUCAGCUGCUGUUCAACAUGUCAACCGGCCACUGCUGAGUGAUUUAUGGAACUGUUCCUGGACGGGACUUUGUUGAGCAACAACAUGGACACGUCAAACUUUGCCCACGUCAUCUUCCAGAACGUGGGGAAGAGUUACCUGCCCCAUGCUGCACUGGAGUGUCACUAUACCCUGACACAGUUCAUCAAACCACAUCCAAAGGACUGGGUUGGCAUAUUCAAGGUUGGUUGGAGCACAGCGAGGGACUAUUACACAUUCUUGUGGUCGCCUCUGCCUGAGAACUAUGUGGAAGGCACCGCAGUCAACCGAACAGUGGUGUUUCAGGGAUAUUAUGUGCCCAACGACGAUGCCGAGUUCUACCAGUUCUGUUAUGUGACCCACAAAGGGGAGAUCAGAGGAGCCAGCACGCCAUUCCAGUUUCGUGCCAACAGCCCUUCAGAGGACGAGCUGCUGACUGUGGAGGAUGAAUGCAAUUCAGACAUCCUGGUGGUCACCACCAAGGCUGGCUUCCUUGAGCAAAAGAUGGAGGAAGUCCAGAGAGAGAAAGAGGAGCUGGUCAAAAACAUGGCCCUCCUGAAGCAGCAGAAGGAGCAGAUGGAAGCGGAGAAGGAGAGCCUGCAGAAGGAGUGUGAGCAGGAGAAAGAAACCUGUGCCCAGCUGAGAAGAGAGAGCCAAGAGGUGCAGAAUUCAUCCCAGGCUCUGCUAGAGGAGAAAGAGGAAGUGAAGAGGAGGCUGGAGGAGGCCACAGCCAGAGUUAUACAGCUGGAGGAGGAUCUGAUUGGAGUCACCCAGAAGGGCCUACAAAAGGAAACUGAGCUGGACAGUCUCAAGGACAGAGUGAAGAAAAUCUCAGCGGAGAAGGAGGCACUCGAAUCUUAUCUCAAGAAUGAGAAAGAUGAGAAGGAACUGUACAAGAUUCACCUGAAAAACCGGGAGCUGGAGAACACUAAGCUGAGUGCAGAGCUGCAGAUGCUGAAGUCUGUGGAUGUGAACAAGGAAAACACCAUUGCCCAGUUUAAAGAGGAGGUGGGACGCCUGCAGACGUGCCUCACUGAGAAGGAGAAACAGUACAGAGAGAUCCUGGCCAAAGUUCCCCCCUUGGGAGAUAUUAAGGCCCUGAAGGAGCAGCUGCGGCAGAAGGAAGAGCAGCUCCAGGCCAACCAGCAGCAGUCCGCCUUGUUAGCAGCUGAGCUGAGGGACGCCGCCAGCACCCGCGACCGUACCAUGUCUGAACUCUACCACAUGAAGCUGGAGGCCGAUGCCCUUCGCCAGGCCAAGGCUGAAGCUCAGGCCCAGUGUGUCCGCCUGGAGCGCCUGGUGGAGCAGAUGAAGGCAGAGACUAAGAAGGAAGCUGCCAAAGCAGAAGAAGAAGCUGCUGCAGACCCAGCUGUUGUAGCAGAGCUGCAGAGAGAGGUGGAGGACCUGAAGCUGCGGCUGCACAUGGCUGCAGAACACUACAAGGAGAAAUACAAAGAAUGUCAGCGACUGCAAAAACAAGUGCUUAGAUUCUCUGAUCAGCAAGGGGAUCUGAAGAGAAGCUCAGCACAAGAGGCCUCAACAAUCCCUCCAUCAGUGAGUCCAGACACAUCAGUGCCAGGGAGUCCAGGUUCUGCUGAUCCAAUGCUGGAGGCCAUCAUCCAGGAGAAGCUGAAAGGCAUCAGCAGAGAGGCAUCUGACAGGAAUGACAAGUACAGGAAAUGCAAGCAAAUGUUGGCGGAGGAGAAGGAGCGUAGCUGCAUGUUUGCUGAUGAGCUGGCUAAGAUGGAGGUGAAAUUUAAGGAACAACUGAAGUUGAAUGAGAACAUGAAACUGCAGUUGGCAGCAGAGGAGGAUCGCUACAAGGAGCUCCAGAAGAGCAGCGGCAGCAGGAAGGGAGAUCAGGGGACCAGUGAGAAAACCAGCUUGGAGAGUAUCCAGUCCAGUGUGCCUUUAUUCCUGCAGUACCCUGUCCCUUACACCCAGGAUGCCCCCACCCCUUUGCUGGUCUCUCAGAGCCCCAGCAAGCUGCAUUUUGGGAACCCUUACUCCAUCUCAGACUCAAAAGAUGAGGAAGAUGAGGAGUUCUCAGAUGACCAGCUGCUGAGGCUGCCCCCUGUGGGCCCGCCCUCCUGGGACAGCAAUGUGGUGUGUAUCCAACCCACUCGCAACCACAGCCGGCCAGAGGGCCACGAGGAGUCAGAGGAAAAGCAAAACAACAACAAUGGUAAUACCAACGAACAGCCCGCAGCAACUGAAACUCACAGCCCAUUUGUGAAUGAUGGACAAACCGCCUUCUGCUUUGAUCCCAGCAUGGACAUGAAGAGAUGUCCACUGUGUGAGGUCAUCUUCCCACCCAACUAUGACCAGAGCAAGUUUGAGGAGCACGUGGAGAGCCACUGGAAAAUCUGCCCCAUGUGCAGCGAGCAGUUCCCGCUGGACUGCGACCAGAAGGUGUUUGAGAAUCACGUGCUCACUCACUUUGACGGCCACCCACUCAACUUCGACUAGAGAAAAAGAAAAUCAGCACAUCCGGUCUGCCUACUUCCUGUCGCCACUGAAAUAAAUCACUCUGCACUCUUUUCUGCAUGUAAUGGUGUGAAGAUCCACUCUUUAGGACUAUACCGACUUUCGCUUUGUUACUUCAACGUAGAGAAACACUUUGAAGUGAUGUGACAUUUUGAAAUGACAUUCUAAUUCAGUGUAUAUGGCAGGGCUACUGAAUCAACCUUUUUUUUAUAGGUGAAAGAUUUCCCUUCAUUUGGAUUUUAAGAAUGACUUAGGGGGAUAAGACUGUUGUACAUAUAUAUACCAACUUCAAAUUGACUUGGCUCACACAGAUCUGUCAGACUACAGGAUGUAACGAAUCAGGGAAAGAGAUAAGUGUUUACCAAACUUACAUUUAAAACAUCCAACCAAAUGGUUCCCCCCUUAAACAUCACUGUACAAGUCAUUUGCUCAUUCUUUAUAGAAAGCAGCCUUGGUGCACUAUAUGCAGUCAGGGAGAACUCUUCAGUGAUAACAUUAAGACAUGAUAAUACAGUAUAUCAUCAGAUCAUCUAUUUUAGAAUAAUUAAAGCCAAUGAUAUCGUGAAAGCCUUGAUACUUUGUGUAUGAUAUAGAUUUGUUUUAUGUUAGGUUUCCUUUGUUUUGAUUUCAAAUAUUUAAUUGGGUUUUUGUGUCAGACUCCUUAAGAACCGUCAUAUCAUCAGCUUAUCAGUGCAUGCUGAGCUUAUGUUAAUUUCCUUCCUUUGUUCUUCUCUUUUACAGUAAUAAGUUAUUUCAGUCAUAGAAAUGUUUCAUUUAUUAAGUGAGUUUCAUGUAACUAAUACGAACUAAUAAAGUCUGUUUGAAUCUGAA